AUUGUUAUAUCAUUGUAUUCACGGUUAGUCCGGCGCAAGGGUCGUUGGCUAACAACGAAUACGGUAGAGUUAAUUGCUGGUUACAUACGUUGAUAUUGGUAUUUUUCUCGAGAACGGGUUUUCUGAUGCUGUCAGCUUUCUUAACGGUCGCUGUGAUAUUUGCUUUGAUUCCAGAGGCAUAUGCUGCUGGCACCGGUCCGGAUGACGUUCUUUGUGUUGAGUACUUGUUUUGCUGGGGCUGUACUUGGUAUUGGGCGAUCCUGUUCUCGUCUUGGACCAUAACGCGCGGUGGUCGAAGCAUCGAGGUUGGGGGAAGGAGACUUGAUGUCCUGGGACCCUGCUGACGCGUGGCGGGGUUCGAUAUGGUAGGGCGUGGCAGUUGUUGGGUAGCCAUUGCGGCGGUAUUG